AUGGCGGUUGGUGCACGUUUUACGUUCGCUGAUCUGCAAAAUCCACUAUUUUUACAUCCAUCAGAUGGACCUACAUCGGUUGUUGUACCGAAGCUUCAAGGUGCGAUUGAUUAUCGUUCAUGGAAGCGCUCUUUUGAGAUCCAAUUAGCUUCGAAACGGAAGCUCGGAUUCGUUAAUGGCACGAUUCUCCGCAGCACAACAGAUGAAACUGAUGCUCUGCAGUGGGAUACAUGUAAUAAUCUGGUAAUUUCUUGGCUCCACAACAAUGUUUCUGAAGCAACUCGCAAUUCUAUUCUAUAUGUUGAAUCUGCUAGUGAAAUCUGGAGUUUGUUGGAGAAACGAUUUAUGUUGACUAAUGGAUCUCGUAAAUACAAGUUAAAUAAGGAUUUGUUUGAGUUGAAACAGAACAAAUCUUCAAUUGCUGAGUAUUACACUGCCCUAACUUGUGUUUGGGAUGAAAUUGAUUCACUUAAUGUUUUGCCUGUGGUUGCAACUGUAAAUCCUGAUAUUGUCAAAUUGAUGAGUACUCUUGCAACAUUCAAAGAGGAGGCAAAACUUUUUCAGUUCUUAAAUGGAUUGAAUGAGAUAUAUGCUCCACAGCGUAGUCAGUUGUUAAUGAUGAUUCCUCUUCCUACUGUUGAAGUUGCUUGCGCAGCUAUACAGCAAGAGGAAUCACAGAGAGAAGUGUUAAGCUGUGCUACCGAUUUUGAGAGUGCAACAAUGUUGAGUCAGAACACUAAUCAAGGAAACAAGCUGUUAGAAUGUGUAGUUUGUCAUAAAAAAGGUCACACUUCUGAUCGUUGUUGGACUAAAAUUGGAUAUCUCAAGUGGCAUGAUAAACACAAAGCUAAGCCUAAUUUCAGGCCUCAUGUGUCAUCUGAUGGUUUUGCUAAGCCUAAAUAG